GUUCCCAGGCACCUAGACUCAGCCCACCCCCAACUUUGGGGGCCAGGAGACAGCCAUGAUGCUCAACUGGAGGCUGCUGGGGAUCCUGGUCCUUUACCUGUAUGCCGGAGGCAUCUCAGGCAGCGGAGAGCACCCCCCACCCCCACCCACAGAGGCUGGAGAGGAGGAGGGCUCCCCAACAUUGCCUCAGGGACCCCCAAUCCCUGGUGAUCCCUGGCCAGGGCCACCCCCUCUCUUUGAGGACCCUCCACCUCCAGGCCCCAGUCGUCCCUGGAGAGACCUGCCGGAAUCUGGAGUCUGGCCUCCUGAGCCCCCGAGAACCGAUCCCCCUCAACCUCCCCGACCUGAUGACCCCUGGCCAGCAGGACCCCAGCCUCCAGAAAACCCCUGGCCACCUGCCCCUGAAGUGGACCAUGGAUCUCAAGAGGACCCAGACCUUGACCCACCCCGGGAAGAGUACAGAUAAAGGGAUUCCCCCAGAGACAUCUUGGACCUCCAGGCGGAGUGCCCCUCAAGCCCAUCUGUACCCUUCUGAUUCCUCUUCAAUUCUCCCAUCAGCCUCAAUUUCCUUCCUCAUUCUUUCAGUUUUAUUCUGAACUCUGAAAGUGUCAUUCUCAAUAUUUUCUGUCCACUCUUGAGAUCCGCCCCAUAUUUCCUCUCCUUUUUUCUCUGACAGCUAAAGCAUACACCCCUACCUCAUGUCCAGUCCUCUCCCUUCUACCUGCUUCCCACCUCCUCCCUCUUCCCCACCCCUGGGGCUCCUGGGGCCAGGCCGGUGGUGCCGUGUUCUCUGCUGCCACCUGGUGGCCUACAGCUGGGAACUAUCAGGAGACCAUGAUGGUACUUCCAUAAAAUGGAAAAAUAAAAUCUGUGUUUUCUUAA